AUCCAACCACCGAUCCAAAUUACAUCCACUAGUUGAGAAACGACCGGCCUCUCAGCCUUCUCCAUCUCGGGCCGCCUCCUCCAUCACCACCGGCACACUUUACUGUAAGAGCUUAUCUCCAUCGACUAUUAUCCCAUCCCGCCCCGCGCGCCUAUAUAACCAUCGGUUCAAGCUCGAAGUUACUGGAAGUAAAAGAAUAUUGAAAUUGGAAUAGUAGGACAGAAACACUAUGGAAGGUCUGACCAAGGAAAAUGCUGAAAAAACUUCUCAAGAAAAUGGGGUUACUUCCACCUAUGAAGUUGCUAUGGAAAAACUUUCAUCUCUCAUUACCCAGAAAAAGCGUGAUGGUACAUCACCAAUCAGCGACCUUGAGAAACGGGACAGGAUGUUGAAGUAUAUUGAGAUUUUGGGCUUAGAAAAGCACAUAGGUGAUCUUAAAAUUAUACAUGUUGCUGGAACCAAAGGAAAGGGUUCGACAUGUGCAUUCUGUGAUGCAAUUUUGCGGGAGUGUGGCUUCAGAACUGGUCUUUUUACUUCUCCUCACUUAAUUGAUGUGAGAGAGCGAUUUCGUCUUGAUGGGCUGGACAUAUCGGAGGAAAAGUUUCUGCAGUAUUUUUGGGAGUGUUGGAACCAACUGAAAGAUAACAUUAUAGAAGGCUUACCUAUGCCCCUUCUAUUCCAGUUCUUUACUCUAUUGGCUUUCAAAAUUUUUGCAUCAGAGAAGGUUGAUGUUGCUAUCAUUGAAGUUGGAAUUGGAGGAACCUUUGACUCAACAAAUGUGAUAAAAAACCCUGUUGUUUGUGGCAUUACUUCUCUGGGAAUGGAUCAUAUGGAAAUAUUGGGACAUACGCUAGGCAUGAUUGCUUCUCAGAAAGCAGGCAUUCUAAAGCCUCAAGUUCCUGCUUUCACAGUACCUCAAUCUCCGGAAGCAAUGGAUGUUCUUUAUGACAGUGCAAAUAAAUUGAUGGUUCCGCUGAAAGUAGUCGCUCCGCUUGACCAUAAGAUGUUAAAAGAUGGAAAGCUGAGCUUGUCAGGUGAUCACCAGUUCACAAAUGCUGCCCUCGCCAUAUCAAUUUGUAAAAGCUGGUUAAAAACUACAGGAUUGUGGCAGCCUAAAAAUGAUGACUGGGAAGAGACUUUGCCCGACGCUUUUGUCACUGGCCUUUCAAGAGCACAUCUUUCAGGUAGAGCUCAGAUUGUUCAUGAUGACUCUAUAAUAAGUACAUCUGGAAUAAAUAAAAGUUACCCUGGAGGUUUAUUAUUCUACUUGGAUGGAGCUCACAGUCCUGAGAGUAUGGAAGCCUGUGCCAGAUGGUUUUCUACUGCUGUGUUAGAAAAUAAAAACUUAUCCCUUGCAUCGUCCUGCUUUAAAAAUCAAACUCCAAAAAGAGUUGGGUUUGAUGGUUGCAUUCCACCUGGCGACAGUCAAGAAUCCUUCAAAACAUCAAAGAAGAUUCUUCUGUUUAAUUGUAUGGAUGUACGAGAUCCACAAAUUCUUCUUUCACGAUUGGUCAAUACAUGUGCUUCAUCAGGGACUCACUUUUCAAAAGCUAUUUUCGUACCAAGUAUGUCCGCAUAUGACAAGGUCACUUCUGGGACCUCUAGUAUUCCGUCAAACCUUCCUCAAAAAGAUCUGUCAUGGCAAUUCAAUCUUCAAAGAGUAUGGGGAAGUAUUCAUUGUGGAAAAGAUGUUCAUUUUCUUGACCAUAACCUGCAUAUGGCUACCUCUGGAAAUGUGCCUCCAUGCAAGUUUCUUUUUGAGGAUGCUUCCUCUUGCAGUGAAGGAGAUGGAAAUGGUAUUGGCAGUAGUGCUGUAUUUCCUUCACUACCAUCUGCAAUACAUUGGUUGAGGAAUUGUGUCAAGGAAAACCCUUAUUCUAGGAUUCAGGUUCUUGUCACAGGUUCAUUACAUCUGGUUGGAGAUGUAUUGAGGCUAUUAAAGAAGUGAAGUAAAAAUAACAAGAAUUCCUUACACAAUGGGGAAGCAAAUAAUUGUUGCAAAACGUAUACGUACAUGCAUGCGGCAUGCCUUACCUUGCCUAAGCAAUUUCACCCCGUACAUCAUGUGCAGCUCAUACUACAGCAUGUAUUUUGCUGUUAAAUUAAAGCAUUUUGGCUAUUUUAUAGGUUAAAUACAUGAAUUGCAAAUUUAAUGAUAGACAUUCCUAUGUGAUAUGCAGUCUUGGUAUAGGGCUGUUGCCAUGUCUCCAUUUAAAUGUACCAAAAAGCGUCCUUGAUUACUCGAGUUUGGGUUAUACAAAAGUUCUUUUAAUUUUGGUUAGAUAAAUUAUACUUCGGUACUUGAUGUUUGGACGUAUUUGGUAACAUAAAAUGGUACUCGUACAAAU